AUGGGCUUCCCAGGUGGUGCAGAGGGAAAGAACCAACCUACCAACCCAGGAGACCCAGGAGACGUGGGUUGGAUCCCUGGCUCGGGAAGAUCCCCUGGAGCAGAAAAUGGCAACCCAUUCCAGUGUUCUUGCCUGGAAGAUUCCAUGGGCAGAGGAACCUGGAAGGCUACAGUCCACGGGGCCGAAAAAGCGUUAGACAUGACUGAGCACACACAUAACUUAUUUCUACUCCCUGAAAACUGUGGUGGAGGUGACAAGUCAGGUGACAACACAAACAGAUCAUGUUUGUGUACUAUGGCUACAUUAAAAGCAGAGAUAUCACUUUGCCAACAAAGGUCCAUCUAG